GUAUCGGCCCGCGCACCUGCUGCGGCCGAAGCGGGUGAGCGUAGCAGCAGACUACUUUGCUGCUGCUGCUCCUUGCAUGUUUUUCGAGAAGCUAAAUGAGUCUUGGGAAGUUUUAUUUUUCGAAAACAACAAAAGAAGCAGCAAACCCUUUCCCGUCAAGAAGUUCGGAGUUGCUGCAGCAAAGCAAAAGGCCACCCAGUUCGCCAUACAAAUGCAGGUGCAGCAGCAGCAGCAGCAGCAGCAGCAGUGGCAGCAGCAGCAGAUGCGGUAG